AACUUUUUAAUACAAAUACAUACUUUUCAUAAUAAGUUUAAUAUACAUAAAUAAAAAAAAAAAAUUUGAAAUAAAAAAUCUAAUAUUAACCGCAAAAAAUGCUGCAUGUUAUGCUCCUUUUGCUCAUAACAACACUAAACUCCAUUUAUGGACUAAAUGCAGAACGCGACAUGGCAGCAGAAAAUCGCAUUUAUGUAGGUGAUUUCGCACCGUCACCCUAUAGUAUGGGUAGCACAGACAAUAAUAACGGAUAUCCUUAUCACAACAACUACAUCAGUUUUCCACCCACCAACAACAAUAACGGUUAUCAGUCAUAUAAUCACCAUAGCGCGCCUACAACAAUGCCCAACUAUCAAACUCAAACACUUGGUGGCUAUAACGGUUACACUGGCUACGCUAACUAUGCACCCUUUAAUGCAGUGCAAGGUUACAACAAUUUCGGCAUGACAAGAACAUAUGGAGGCAGCAUGUCUAGCAAUGGAAACUACGCUCCCAUAACCUACAGCACGCAUCGUCCGAUGAUCGGCGCGUUGCAUACGAGUAUAGGCGCAGCUUUUGGCGGUGGCAUGAAUGGCAUACCAGCCUAUCUGGCUAACGGUCACUACAGCAGCUACUAUCCGUACAAUUCGCUGGGCAUUAUACAUCCAUACAAGUGAUAUGCACAUACUACACACACAUUUUUGUGAAUCUCAAGUUGUAUUUAUUUAUUUAUAAUAUUUGUAAAAUAUCAUAUUUAAUACUUAGCAACAACAA